AUGUCGACCCAACUCAUCUCCCAAAUCCGGACCAUCUCACAACCACCCUCCUCGGACAUCAAGACACAACAAGUGAGAUCCCACAUAGACUCCCAAUUUACAGACUUGGAUAAUUUACUCUACCCGCCCUCUGGAUCCAGUAAGCGACGGAAGAGGAAUCUGGAAGAGGAGAUAAAAAAUUGGGAAGAAAGAGAAAGGAAAUCUGCUCUGGAGCUCGAAGAAACCACCAAAUCCCUUCCCAAGCAGAUAAUAAAUACCCAAGCGAGAUUGCAAACGUUACUUUCCUCAGCUCAGGAGCUGUCUUUACAGAGAUAUUCAAUCGCAGACAAAUUGGCUAAUCUGGUUUCCGAUGUGUCUGAUGGUAAUUCACAUUCAACCGAUGAUGAUAGUGGUAUACGACAAAAACGUGAGAGUAUACUUGGACAACUUGAGGUACUUCAGAGUGAAUUGAGUAGGUUGGAAGCUGGUUUAGCAUGGGCGAAAGUAUUGGAACAAGUUGUCAUCCUCAGUGAAAAAACGUUGAAUCCCCUCUCACACAAGCCUUCACCUCUUGCUGCUCUACCGCAUUAUAGGCAGCUCAACGAUUUGGUGCAACGUCUAGAAGGGACGUUACCCCCGGAAAUGGCUUUGAUGAAAGUGGUCAUCGAAGUCGAGGAGAAUACUUGGCAAGGACUAAGAGAUCUCAUGGCAGAGAAUCUACUGAAAGCUUGUGAAUCCCUCGGAUGGCCUAAGAAAAUAAAAUACGAGAAUGUAUCUGCCGAAGCUAGACGAGCGUUUGAGACUGCUUACCAGGAUCUACUAUACCUACAAGCAGAAGGUGAAGAUCUUCAUGGCGAAGAAAGACCUUCACACUGGUCAAUUGAGAAAGGUCUGUAUCCCAUUCAAGCAAUGAUCAAACCUAUAGAAUUGAGGUUUGAAUAUCAUUUCAUGGGUACGAAGGGUACCAAUAGAGUGGACAAGCCUGAAUGGGCAUUCGCCAACAUCCUAGAUCAGAUAUACGAACAUCAAUCAUUCCUCUCCACCUACCUUCAACAACUAUCUUCUAAAGCUGGAUUUGAAGAUAUAGACAUCAAAUCUGAAUUCACUUUAUUACUAUUCCCCAUUCUCUUGGGACUGCUAAGAGCGAGGAUACCGCAUCUACUUGAACAUCCUGCGUUACUCGCUCAUACGAUAUAUCAGACUGUCAUAUUCGAUGAGGCUGUCAAAGAGGGUGGAUUUGACUUGGAUGCAACGUCGAUAUACGAAGGUCGAGAAUCACCAGCUUGGGAGGGAUUGAGUGGUGUGGUUUUGAAGGAGAAUGAUUGGUUUGAAAAGUGGUUGUUGGGUGAAAAGAAAUUCGCCGAUACCCAGCUGAAUGAGAUUAUAUCAUCGCCUGAAGCUUGGACGAUAAGCGAUGAAGUGAAUGAAGAGGAUGAAGGGCAAUCGAGUGGAUUGAAACCCACUGUCAGUGCUAGACAGGUGAAAGCUUUGGUCGAGCAGAUAACGGACCGCUACGCUCCCCUGCCAGAUCUCACGUACAAAUUACCUUUCUUACUCUCCGUCCAACUACCGAUUCUUCAAGCUUAUCAGACCCGUAUAUCCGGGUCGUUGGACGCUUUUGAAACUCUCUCAUCAGCUUUCGUACGUGCUGUACCAGGCGCACUGGCUGGUAACACCAGAAGCGGUGUGCAUAUCGAUCAAGCCAAGUUGACCUCUGGUAAGAAUGGUCUGGAGAGACUGAUGAAAGCUUGGUUAUCUGGUCAAUGGAUACAGGAGGGCAUGACAAGAUGGGGUGAUGAGCUGUUCUUUGUCGAGGUAGCUUCGAACCUUGCGUCAUCACCAGCACUAAAAUACAGAUACUCCUCAGACCCCCUGCUCCCCUCUGUUUUUAAGCACACUUCAUCUACCGAAGUGGGUCCCACGACAUCGGUAUUUGAUGUGCUACUCGAGAGGUAUGAUCAUCUCACCUCGAGAGCAGAAGAUAUGAUAGUGAGGUUGAUUACGGUGGAAACGGAGAGUGACCUGAAACAGCAUUUAACAAGAAAAUGGGAUCGACCCCCUUCUUUGGAGCCUACCGAGCCAUCUCCACAUCUCCUAGCGGCACUGACAACCUACUCUUCCCAUCUCCGAUCAUUGACGUCGACUCUACCUCAAGUAGUCGUAUCUAGGUUAUACAGAAGGAUAGUAGAUCAUUUGUCUAAUCACAUACUCCAGAGAGGUGUAUAUGCAGGAUGGUCCAAAUUCACUGAACAUGGUGGUAUAGACUUACAAAUGGAAGUGAAAGAAUGGAAAGAAGUUUCUUCCAACUCCCUUGGUGAGAACUCGAUAAUCCCCGUCAAUACCUUCUGGAGAAAGCUUGAUGAUAUUUCAAAUAUUCUGGCUUUGCCUUCUGGCGAAGCGGAGGAUAAGGUGACGUUUGCGCAGGCUAUGGCUAGUGCAUGGGAUGGAGAAGAAGGAUUGAAGGUGUUUAACGAGAGAUUGGGAGUAGAUAUGGGUAGGGAGGAAUUGCAAAGUGUAUUGAGAAGGAGAGUGGAAUGUUGGAGGUAG